AUGGCCCCAUUCGUCCUUGUUCCUGUCGCGGUACUCGCUGCCCUGAGCGGCGCGGCCGCCCGUGACAUCUUUGUGUCCCCCACCGGCACCGGCACGGGGACCCUGGACGCCCCGCUCGGCUCCGUGCAGUCUGCUGUCGCCGCCGCCGUCGCCGGCGAUACCAUCUACCUCCGGAAAGGCACAUACGCGCCGUCGGCCAACAUUCAGGUUGCGAAAUCCGGCACCAGGACGUCGCCCAUCACCAUCCGGCCCUACCCGGGCGAAAAGGUGAUUAUCGACGGCGGGAACAUGCCCGGGACCCCCAAGGCCCUGGGCGAAGCACUGCCCAACCCCGAGAGAGGCGUCUUCCACAUCCAGAACGCCAACUACUGGGCGCUGUACGACCUGGAAAUCAUCAACGGCCCCUACGGCAUCUACGCCCGCGACGCCUCGCACAACUACUACGACGGCCUGUCGACGCAUGACAACUACGAGACGGGCUUCCAGCUCGAGGGCGCCUCGGCCAACAACACCGUCGUCAACCUCGACUCGUACCGCAACCGCGACCCCCGCAAGAACGGCGAGAGCGCCGACGGCUUCGCUUGCAAGUCGGGCUCCGGCGAGGGCAACGUCCUGCGCAACGCCCGCCUCUGGGACAACGUAGACGACGGCCUCGACCUCUUCAUGUUCGCCAGCCCCGUCACCAUUGACCGCGUCUACGCCUGGGGCAACGGCUACAACCGGCCCGAGUGGGCCUUCUCCCCCUUCGAGGGCGACGGCAACGGGUUCAAGCUCGGCAUCACGGACAACCCGCCCGCCAACCACGUCGUCAGCAACUCCAUCGCCUUCGGCAACUUCAAAAAGGGCUUCAUCGACAACGGCAACCCGGGCGCGCUGACGUUCGACCGCAACACGGCGUGGAACAAUGGCGACACGGGCUUCCACAUGCGCAGCUCGUCCUCCCGCAUGACGGGCAACGUCGCCGCCGCCAACGCCGGCGCCGCCCAGGUCAGCCUCGUCGCCACCGUGACGGCCUCGGGCAACUCGUGGAACUCGGGCUCCUGGUCCAACAGCUCCUUCGUCAGCCUCGACGCCUCCGUCCUCAAGGGGCCUAGGGGCCCCGACAAGAAGGUCCAGGGCAGCGACUUUCUGAUCCCCAAGUCAGGCCAGGCCAUCGGCGCGACCACGCGCUAA